UUAACUUCAUCAUCUUUUGUCAGAAGCAAUUCAGAAGACAAAACCCCGAACCACCGAAACAACUAGAGAGAUGGGUGGUGGCGGGACUGCUCGAACGCUCCUUUCUUUAUCCUCCUCGUGCUCUUCUUCUUCUUCUUCACUAUCAUCUCGCUUCUCUUUCUCUCUCCUUUCCCCUACAAUUUCUCUUCCCCUUCGCAGGAUGUUAUCCCAAUCUUUAGUUCCUAGUAGGUUUUUUUUGAGGUUUAGCCCCCUAUGCUCUACUUCCUCUGCUGUCGCCUUCCCCACCUCAGAAACAGAAGCUGUAUUGCAGCCCACAAAGCAUUCAGCCCUUCUCGAGAAACUCAGAAUAAGACACCUCAAGGAUGCCACACUCCCCGCCCCCAGAAGGACGGCACCAGUCACUAUUUCUUCCACCGAUGACGGGGCGGAUAAGAAGAAGAAAAAAAAUGAGGUCUUGGCUUCGACUUUCCAAGAGCUGGGAUUGACUGAGGAGGUUAUGGGCGCUCUGGGGGAAAUGGGUAUUUCUGUGCCGACUGAAAUUCAAAGCAUCGGAAUGCCUGCUGUUCUUCAAGGCAAGACUGUCGUUUUGGGCUCUCAUACUGGCUCAGGAAAGACCCUUGCGUAUAUGCUGCCUCUUGUUCAGCUGCUGAGACGAGAUGAAGUUUUGCAUGGAAAAGGGAUGAAGCCCAGGCGUCCUCGAGCUGUUGUCUUAUGCCCCACAAGGGAGCUCAACGAGCAGGUGUUUCGAGUUGCAAAGUCUAUUUGUCAUCAUGCACGAUUUAGGGUUACCAUGAUAAGUGGUGGUACUAGCAUAGGACUUCAAGAGGAUUCAUUAAAUGGCCCAAUUGACAUGGUGGUUGGAACACCCGGUCGUGUACUUCAGCAUAUUGAAGACGGUAACAUGGUUUAUGGUGAUAUCAAAUAUGUGGUCUUGGAUGAGGCAGAUACCAUGUUUGAUCGUGGAUUUGGCCCCGAUAUUCGCAAAUUUCUCGCCCCUUUGAAAAACCGUGCUUCUAAGUCUAAUGAUGAUGGAUUUCAAACUAUUCUAGUCUCUGCAACAAUGACAAAGGGUGUGCAAAGCCUGGUUGAUGAAGAGUUCCAAGGUAUUAUCCAUUUGCGCACCUCAACAUUGCACAAGAAGAUAGCAUCUGCCCGCCAUGACUUUAUCAAGCUUUCGGGCUCCGAAAACAAGCUGGAGGCUUUGUUACAGGUUCUAGAGCCAAGUUUGGCAAAGGGAAACAGAGUGAUGAUCUUCUGUAAUACACUUAAUUCCAGUCGUGCGGUGGAUCACUAUCUGACUGAAAAUAGUGUCUCAACUGUAAACUACCAUGGAGAGGUACCUGCUGAAGAAAGGGUUGAAAACCUCAAGAAGUUUAAGAGUGAUGACGGAGAUUGCCCCACAUUGGUAUGCACAGACUUGGCAGCUAGGGGAUUGGACCUGGAUGUGGAUCACGUUAUUAUGUUUGAUUUUCCAAAGAAUUCUAUUGAUUACCUCCACAGGACUGGAAGAACUGCUCGGAUGGGUGCAAAAGGAAAAGUGACAAGUUUGAUUGCCAGAAAGGACCAAUUGCUGGCUAAAAGAAUUGAGGAGGCCAUAACAAAGAACGAGAGCUUGGAAUCCCUCAGUGUAGAUAAUGUGAGAAGGGACAUUGCCAGAAGCAAAAUAACCGAGCAGAAGAACUUUAAAGCCACAAAAUUCUCAAUGGAGAAAAACAACAAAAAAGUUUCACCCACAAAUUCAUCAAGUACAAAGGGGCGCAAUGUUAUAGCUUCUUCCAAAACAAAAUCAGCAAAGGUUUCUGUUCCCCUAAAGAAGAAAGUCGAAAUUAAAGUGUCAAAGUCAGGGUCAGGGGGGAGCUUUUCAAAGCCAAAUAGUUCAAAGAAAUCUACUUUGGGUGGGCAGAAGCAGAAGACAAACAGAAAUACUGGAACUGCCCAAUCUGGCGAAUCAAAACUGAAUGUUGUUGGGUUCAGGGCUCGAAGUUCAUCGGCUGCUAAGCCAUCCAAGUUCAACUAAGACUCGGGUCUCUUCAAGUUUCAGUCUCUUUUUUUUCAGUAAUUAGUCAAUCUUGUUACUUGUUUUUAUUAACUAGCUAAAAUGGGAAUUGUUCACCAUCUUUGCUUAUUCUUUUUCAUGUUGAGACAAGGAGGUGUCGAACAUCAGAGAAAAAAAGUCAUUUUUUUAAGGUUAUCUUCUUAGGGAAGAAGUUUUAAAAAUAUGUCAAGCCAUUUCUAUUGAUGUUAUACCAUUAAAAUCUAUGUAUGAUGUUUAAUUUCCUCUGC